UGUCACAGCAGUGUUUGUAUGAACUUUGGAGUCUUAUUUUAAGACGUGAGUUUGGUUUGCUAUAAAUGUCCUGGUCAUAAGUCUGUAAACUGAAUUAUGAAGCAUCAUGGGUGAUAAUAAGCUCCGUCUUUUGCUGCUUUUGAGCAUCUCCUUGUCUAAAGCGCAGGAUGAAGGACCACCAUGCUUCCUGGCCAAAAGAUACAAACCCUUCAACAAGUAUGAAUACUUCUAUAAGACAGAGUCCUUGAACUCUUUGAAUGAGGCAGUCAAUGGCCCCGAGGCCAGCUGCAAGGUUGAGAUUGCGGUUCCUGGUGCAUGCAGCUACAUCUUGCGCACCGCCGAAUGCAAACUGAGAGAAGUGAUUGACGUCGAUGGAGAUGGAAGGCCAGUGUUUGGAGAAGCUGCUGGCACCAAAGUCUUCAAAACCGCCAUGGAGAAACAUCCUCUGAAGUUCACCGUUGAGGGAGAUGAUGACGUCAAGCUUUUCCCUGAGGAAGAUGAGCUAAUAAACAUCCUCAACAUCAAGAGGGGAAUCAUCUCUGCUCUUGCUGUCCCUGUGCUUGAGGAGGACAGGAACAAAGAGAUGCCCACCAUCUACGGACUGUGUAAGACUGACUAUGUUGAGAAAACCGGAGAAGACGUCGACACUGAAGUCACCCUGAACAGAGACCUGUCCAAAUGUGACAAGUUCAGACCAAUCGAGGACCACACCAGUCCCUUGGCCCUCAUCACUGGCUUGCAUCAUCCUCUUGCUCAGCUGAUCUGGAGCAACCAGACCUGCAACUACACCUUUGACAUUAAGCAGCACCACAUGACCUCUGGAAGUUGCACUGAAAAACAUGUGCUUGCGCCUUUCUCAUACAAGGGAAGAUAUGGAGUGACCAAUACUGGCAAACAGUUCUUGAACCUUUUAGGAGUUGCUGAGUACAAUGACAGAGUCUUUGAAAGCAAUGUGGCCAAUGUGAAACCCCUCCAUCUUGACCGCAGUGUUGACAUGAGCCCCGUCCAGGAUAAAGAUGCCGCUCUUACUAUUCUGCAAGAACUUUCUGGCCUUUCCAAGACCAAUGAUGAAUACAAGAGAGCAUACUUGGCCCACAAGCUUAUAGCUGUGAUCCGCAAGAUGGAAGCUGAAACCCUGACAACCACUGUUCCUGAGGCCCUGGAGAUCUCUCAGUCUUUGACGUACCAGGCUUUGUUACAGUGUGGCACCCCAGAAUGCAACAGCGCUAUCAUGCAGAUUUUCAGGACCUUUGACAGGUCCUCAGUUGAGAUUGACGCUGCUGUAUAUGGCAUGGGAAUGAUCCCCCAGUCCUCCCGAGUCCUUGUGAAGGAAAUGCUGGCGAUGGCAAAGUUCAAGCCAACCAAACCCAUCUACUAUGCUCUCAGCCAUGUUGUGAGAAGGCUCUAUGAGACCGACGGAGUCACCAAUGAGAUCCAGGCAGUAGCUGAUUAUGUCCUUGAACAGAUUGGUGAUUGCACAGGUGACCCGGAACACGUCUUUCUUUCUCUAAAGGUCAUUGGCAACAUGGUGGUCGCACUGGGAGCUGCUCGCCCUGCUUUGCAUUCUGCUGUUAUUCAAUGCAUCAACCAGCCAACUGCCUCCGCUUCAGUUCAACAUGCUGCCAUCCAAGUCUACAGACAGAUUCUUGUACCUGAGGAGGGUCGCGAGGUGCUCAUGGAUGCUCUUCUGGACAAAGAUGCAUCCGUGCAGAAACGUGUUGCUGCCUACCUCAUCUUGAUUAAGAACCCUACACCUGCUGAACUUGCUCAAUUGGCAGCAUCUGUCCAUCUUGAAGAAAACCGUCAGGCCAAGAGCUUCAUCAUCUCUCAUAUCACCAACAUCUUGAGUUCUACAGCACCAGAGACUCUGGAUUUGAGGUGGAAGGUUCAAGAGGCCUUUCAAGGCAAUGAAAUUGGAAUGAUCAUGGAAUCCACAAAAAUCUCUCGAUACUAUAGAUUUGGAUCUUUGGAAGGAAACAUGAUCUUUGAAUCUCCUGAUGAACUGCCAAGGGAGGUUAUGCUGGAGAUGACCUUAAAUGCUUUUGGAUUUGAUAUGGACUUCAUUGAGAUUGGCAUGGAGGGUAAGGGCUUUGAGUCUAUUGUGGAGGCUCUCUUUGGUGAAGAUGGAUUCUUCCCAGACACCAUCAUGAAGACCACUUUAUAUGCUAGCGAUAAUAUGCCUUCCCAACUAAAUUAUGUCUUGGACAACAUUCUGCCAAUCAUGAGGAAUGAAAGGAAAAAGAGACAGGCUACUCAAAACAUAGUCAAGGAAAUCAGUGACAAUAUCAACAAACUUAUUGAGGACUUAAAGACCCAGGAUACCCCUGAAGCGAUGGUGUACCUCAAGCUUCUGGGUGCUGAACAUGGCUAUCUUGAUGCUAAAGAUGGCAAGAUGAUUCACGAGGUCCUUAAGAUGAUCCCCACUGACUUUGUCAAAAGACUGUUCUCAAGUGUCGAAAAUGAGCUUUUCCUUCACUACAUCUUCAUGGAUAAUGAGUUCUAUCUGCCCACCGGUGCUGGCUUUCCAUUGAGAGUUGCUCUGUCUGGUACCGUUACAACUGGAAUCCAAGGAGGAUUGAGAUUCAAUCCAGGCAUGAAGGAAUUUGCUUUCGCACUUUCUGCUGGCAUUGAGUUUGUGACUGAGAUUGGGACUCACUUCCCAGACUACGUUCUCUCUGGGCUGGAGAUGCACACCAAUAUUUAUCAUGAAAGCAGCCUCAGAGCGAAGCUCUCUGUGACUAACAACCAGCUUAAGCUUUCCAUCCCAGCUCCUCGUGAGCCAACUGAGCUCAUAAAUGUGACCAGUUCUCUGGUGUCUCUUGUUGGUUCCAAGAUUAUGCCCAUUCAUGCCAAGGGAGAGUAUAAUAAUGGGACAACAUGUGUUCCUGUUUUCCCUGGAUGGAAGCAAUGUACUGUCCUUAGCGCUCCUGAUGAUGCUGCCCCUUUUUUCCCUUUCAGUAGUGAUGCCAAAUUUAUUGUAAUGCUCUACCCAACGGGAGAGGUCACAGAGUAUACUGCUACCAUCAGCAACACCUAUGAGGAGGAUUCAGACAAAGUUACAUUUAGCAUAAAGGCUGAAGGAACACCCUUCGAGGUCACAAAUACGGUGAUGUUAAACAGAAAGCAAAACACUGUAUCAUCGGAGUUGCUCAUUACUCCUCUUCAGCUUUAUUCUAAAGUUUCAGCGAGACUAAAGUAUGAUAAGAAGCUGACGGUGGAAAUUGAGAGUGACAUAAAACUCCCUGAGACAACGUCUGUUCAAACACUCAUUCUGAAAUUGGAGAAUAUGAAGAUUGAGGCUGAAUUAAAGUCUUAUGUCAAUUCUGAGAUUCAAAGAAUCAUUCCCAACAUCAAUGACAUUGUCAGCAGCCUUCUUGAUGGCCAGAUUGCCCAGAAUGAAAUGAAAGUCCGUGAUAUCCUGGCAAAGUCAGCUGCGAAUUUGGGAGUUCCUGCCAUACCUGUGUUCACUAUUCCUGAAAGACUGUUCCUGAAUAUAGAGGUUGCUGCUAAAUAUCACUUUGGAAAUCCUUACUAUACCAUCACUUUUCCCUUGCCCUUUGGUGGAAAAUCCACUAGAGAUCUAAACUUUCUGACUACCCUCUCCGUACCAAACCUAAUCAUACCUCAUCUUGAUAUGGAAUUUGAAGCUACUACCAUUAAUCUUCCUGAGGUCUCCAUUCCUGUGAGUGCGUUGCUGUUUCUGCCAACUCCUAAAAUGGCAGAGAUGUCUGGAAAACUAAGCAGCAACUUCUACAACUUAGAAGCAGCUGCGUCUGCUACCCGAGAUCCUGCUGCAGACCUAUGUUAUUCUGCUAAAGUUGAAUUCACAGGAACAAGUCCUGUUGACCUCCUGUCCCUAAAGGUUGAAGGAUCUGCUCUUGUUGAGCCCACAACUGACAGUUCUCUUAUGGCAAAAGUAAAAACCGUGGUUCACCACAAGAUUAUUGAUGCCACCAUCAGCGUUGAGGAAGAAGUAAAGCUUGCUGAAAAACUUAGUGUAAAAUCCAAAAGCAAGCUUGAUGUAAUUAGCCAUUUUGGAGGGCAAUUUGCGCUGAAGCAUUAUGGAACUUUUGAAGUUAAUGAUGACAAGAUUUCUGGAGAUGGAAACCUGGAAGGAUCUUUUGAAGCUGGUUCAGUCAAUGGUUCAGGAAUCCUUACGCAGUCAAUCUCUCUACUCCCUUCCAGACAAGAGGCGAAGGUUAAUUCUUCAUUGAAAGUAGACUCCACACUUCUUAAAGCUCAUAACACCUUUGCUUUAGCUUUUGCCAAUGGAGAGGUGGAAAUUCUAUCCAACACAGCAACAUUUGAUGACCAUCUAUCAAACACUGCUAAUGUCACCUUCAAGGAUUUUCAGCUUGCUCUAUAUUCUCAUACAAAAACACGGGCUUUUGGCCUGAAGAUCCAAAACAUGGCUGAGAUCAUAGCUGGUGUUGAAGCAGUCAGUGUUAAAAUUGAGACCACUACUGACAUCGCUGAAGAAAAAAUUCAUUCCCUGGUUGCAGGAGUAUUGGACAACAAUGGUCUGUCUAUUAACAGUGAUGCCUCUGUUAAACUCAUGGGACACACAGCUGCUCACAAAGCCAUUCUGAACGUCAAUACGGAUGGCCUGACCACUAGUGGCACAACCUCACUGCAAAGCACCUUUACAAUGGAGGAGCUUAAACAGACCUUUGAGAUCAACUACAAAAAUCUAGCUGCCAGUGUUAAAUGCAAAACAAUUGGAAACUUCAUGGGAACAAGCAUUAACCACAACACUGAAUUGGAGAUGGCUGGACUUUCUGGCAGACUCAAGAAUCACGUACGUUUCAACUCCAUGGUGUUUAAUGCUGAAACCAACACUUACGGUACAACAAUUCCAUUCAGUUUCAAUUUUAAUGCCUCUGCUAAUGGUGACAAUGAUGUAUACCUGUAUGGGCACCUUAAUUGUGAGUUUAAUGGCAAAGUUCUCAUGAAAGUAGAACCACAAUCCGUAGCUCAUUCUCAUGAAUUAGAGAUUUCAACGCUUCUUCACAUUGAUAGUGUCAAAAUCAAAUCACAUUUUAAAAGCAAGUCUGACACCCUGCUGAUCCCAUCUGAACAAAAGACUAAAGUGACUGUUAAGACUGAAGUGAACAACCAUGCCAUCAAUCAAGAAAUCAGCGGUUACAAUACUCCAGCACAGUUUGGGAUUAAAGGGUAUGGAGGAGUGCACACCAAUUUGUUAAACACUGUCAACCUUUCUUACCAGGACUUUAAAGUCUCUGGCUUACUAAAGUAUGAUAAAAGUAAGGAAAGACAUUUAAUUGUUUUGCCUUUCAUUGAUGGUUUGCUUCUGGUUCCUGAAAACAUCAGAGUAACACUUGCAAGCAUAGGCGAGACCCUGAGGAAUUACAUCAACAGAGAAGGAAUUGCUUCCAAAAUUCAAAACUUAUCUCAGCAUGUUAAUGAUUUUGUUUCUAAUUUGAAUUUUGAGAGAAGAGCUGUGCAGCUGAAACUUGCUUUGAUUGCUCUAUACAAGGAAUUUGCAUUAAAGCUGGAAAAUCUGGUGGCCUCUCAGAUCGGCGCAUUUGCAAAACUAGUCAAUGAUAUAUUCAACCGUUUUGGUGAGGUGGUGGAACUGACUGUGAAGGGUGUGCUGGUUGAAAAUGUAGUACCAAAGCACAUCAGUAUUUUGAUACUUUCCAUCUUUGAGGAUGUUAAAAUAUUUCUUAGCUCGAUCACCACCCAAAGUUACACAAAGCUGACUGAGAUCUUCCAUCCUGCCAAUGUGGAGAACAAAAAACUUAGCAGUCCACUUCAGAUUCCUUCAGUUUCAACAGCUCUUCAAGUGCCAUCUUUUGGAAAGGUGUAUGGUGAGGUCAGAUUCAUCAGCCCUGUAUACAACAUCAGAACCUCUGCAGAGUUCAAGAACGCCUCAGGGAGUCACCCUCUGUUCACGGCUUUCAUUUACUCUAAAGGAACCUCUCCGAUACAUCAAAUUCUGAAUUACAAUCUAAAUUCCACUGCACAGAUAUCUAUGCCUGAGAUGAGUCCUGUGAUAGUGUCUGAAACUCUCAAGCUGACACAUAUUUAUUUGACUUUAGACCAACAAGCUUCAUCGUCUCUGAAUGUCUCUGUCUCUAACAAUGCAAAUUCUUCAUUAAUCACUCUUGAAACAUCAUACAAGCACCAGGUGACAAUCCCCUCACAGUCCUUCUCUGGUGAAGUCAAUCUGAUUCAGAAGGCUAUAGCUUUCCAGGAUGGUGCUACAAUUACCCUUACAGUUAAAAACGAAGGGUCUAGCAAGUUUAGUCUUGAAGACUUCUCUGAAGAAAGCACCCAUAAGAGCGACCUGCAUUUUAACAUGGGCCUUAGCACUGCCAAGCUGACUUUCACAGGCCACACUGACGGAGCUCAUUUGCAGAUGAAGAUGAAGGUGAAUGUUGAUGCUGUUGCGCUAAGCUACCUUGAAUUCAAUGCUUGUGUUGAAACAGAGUCACCAUUUAUCAAGAACAGUCUGCUGGUUGCAUCUGGAAAGGCUUGCUUUGGUGAUUUGAGUAUAGAAAUCAAUGCAAACCAUGACACCGAGUUUGUAGGACCUGUCAGCGGUGUCCUCUCUAACGUUGCACAAAUCGUGACUGGUCCUUGUGUGGUGUAUAUUGACUUUCAUAACUAUGCUAAUGCCACUUUCAAACACUACAACCCUAUGUUAACCGCUGUUGAUCUCAAGAAUGACUACACUUUUAUCUUCAACCCUGACAUAAAAAAAUUUAGCACUGUGGCAGUUGCCUCUUUUGACCAUUUAAAGUAUAGCCAUAACUUCACAGCCAGCAACAAUGAAGCAGAGAUGGGUAUAUACAGUGUCGUGUAUAGUGAUCCCAGCUUUGAGUUCUUAAAUGCUGCAGAAAUGUUUGUGCCAGUCAUUUUUAGGAUUCCAGCAGGCAAAAAGCUGAAACUGAAUGAUGACCGACACAUUGAUCUAAAUGCCAGACUUGUCUACCAGAAGAAUGGUUUUGCUAAUUUACUGGGCAACCUGGUUUCUGAGGUGUUUUUUGAGUCAUCACUUCUCAACCUCAGUGCAAAUACAGGUAUUUAUCCGAAGGAAUGCUUGAUAAAUGUUAGUGCCACAACUGCCUCUGUGUUUCAGAAAUUGAAUUCCAAGCUUGAUGGAUCCUCUAGCUUGACCACAAAAAGUGGACUGAAACUGGCCUCUUCUUUGUUUAUGGAGAAUGCUCACAUUGAGGGUAAUCAUAACAGCACCCUGACUCUGGAAGACAACUUUGAGGCUGUAUUGUCUGUGGACACAUUUGCUAAGGUUCAUACGACAAGCUACACUGUUUACGCUGCUCAUCAACUGUCUGCUGAUACCGAGGCGCAUCCAAAGGUAGAAUCAAACUUGACAAUCGAGUACACCUUCGAUCAGCCAGACUCAGAGGCCUCUGGACAUGGAGAUGCUAAGAAUACUUUGAAGCUGGAUGCAACUCUUUCCUAUUUCACCAUUGAGUCUGUAAGCCGAAUCACCACAAAUUCUACAUCUCGUGACGGUGUCACAAUUAUCGGAACACUAGAUAAUGAAGCUAACAUCUACAUAAAAACAGCUGAUGGUCUGAAAUCCAAUUUGAAGACCACUGGAAAUGGAUACAUUGGUUCUAGAUAUAUAAAAUUGUGGUUUGACAUUAAUGACCAGCUGAUUGUGGAGGGAGACCUUGAUCGAAUGCAUACUCGGCUAGAAAUUGACUCAAACUAUACACUUAGUCAGGAUACAGAAUACGACCUGGCAAUGAACCACACUGCUCGUGGUAAAACUGAUGUCGCUCCCCUAAGUACACUCAUGGCCGCUCUAGACCUAUUCUUGUCUCAGCCAUCUUAUAGAGAUUUUGAUGUAAGACAUAAAGAAAGGACUUAUUCAUCAGAUAGGUUUGCAUACCAGAUAGACUCGUUCUCCCGUUGGUACAACUCAACUAUAGUAAUAACAAUACAGAAUUUUGGUGAAUUACCGAAUGCAACGGCUCUAUAUGAGUGCUCUUACAAUUUCACUUCUCCAUCUAUGCUUCUGGAAUAUCAGGGUGGCUUGCAUAUAAUUCCCCUUUACCACAAUUAAUUAAUUAUUGUUUUAAUUAAUUAGUAAAAUUAGUUUAAUUAGUCUUUUACUACUGUAUGCACGCUUACACUAGACCUCAUAAUCACAGAAAAGAUUUCAUCAAAAGUCAUUCUACAACAUUGUUUGUCCCAAUCCACAAUAAAUGGGUCCAGUCUGUAAAAAAAUAAAAAAUAAAAUUCAA